UGAUAAGAACAGGCUCUGUCUACCGGCUCUUGUCACAUCAUUUAGUGCCAGCGGUGACUGCGAAGGCUUCUCGUGUGGCAAAGAUAUUUGGGGAGAAAUUACUUCACCAUGACAGCACUGCAAAGGAUAACCAAGGAGCUCCAGGACAUCGCCGACAACCCCCCAGGCCAGUGCUCGGCAGGCCCCGUCGGGAACGACCUCUUCCACUGCCGGGCGACCAUCAUGGGUCCCCGCAACUCGCCCUAUGAAGGUGGCCUCUUUGACGUCGCCAUUGACUUCCCCAAAGACUAUCCUUUCAAGCCACCCCAUAUCAAAUUCACGACGCCAAUCUACCACAUGAAUAUAAACACGCAAGGAGGAAUAUGCUUGGAUAUAUUACACAGCAAAUGGAGUCCCGGCAUCUCCCUGUCCAAAGUGCUGGUGGUGAUCGGAGCCCUGAUGAACGACCCGAACCCCGCCCAUGGCCUUCGGGAGGACCUCCGCCAGGAAUACCUCAGGGACAAGGCUUCCUACAUCAGGAACGCUCGCAAGUGGACCCAGAUGUACGCCAGCAAUUAAUUAGAUAUAUAUAUAUAUUUUCUCUCUCUCUCUCUCUCUCUCUCUCUCUCUCUCUCUCUCUCUCUCUCUCUCUCUCUCUC